AUGACUCUUGAACACAAUGAUGAGUUCGCUACAGAAGGAGCAAUGCAUUCUGUUGACGAUCCAGCGACGACUUCCAGUAACGGCAACACACAUAGGAAACCUGUGGAGCUGAGUAGCAACGCCGUUCACGGAAAAGCGAGCGGCGCCGACGUUUUGGAUGGCAAUGCAAGCGCUUCGACUGACGGUAGGACCAAGCCGCUCAACUCAGGACCCACGCGUGAGGCAGUAGAUGACGUCAUGAUGGACGAGUGUCGCCGAUGGGUCGCGGACGUUGUGGGCGAUGCGUACAAUGCCGAAGUGCUCCAGAAGGAAAAUUUUGUGGAUUCCCUGCGAAGUGGAGUGGUGUUGCUGGUGUUGCUGCAGAAGCUUGACGACCCCCCAGUACCCGAUUCGGAGCUCCGCGUACCGAAGCGAGUUGAUGGUUUUUUUGCCCGUGACAAUGUCGCGAAGUUCCUGCGGCAGGCCGCAAAGAAGUUCAACCUAACGGAAAUAGAGUUGUUCACUGAUUCAGACCUGUGUGAUGGGAAGAACGACCGGGCUGUUAUUACGUGUCUCCUUUCAAUCGCGCGCACAGCCUACAGUCGCGGUAAUAUGGAGGUCGCUCCGGCGAGCAUAGUCCAACAACAGGAGUUGAGCGUAAGAAUAAAGCAGGCGGCGCUGAAUCAGCUAAGGAAACAUCUGGCAGAAGAAGGGGAAGAGGAUGGCAAGGGUGAGAUUUCAAAAAAGUUGGAACCUGUGGCACAGGAAGAAGUGUCUCACACACCGUGCGAAAACAUACCAGAAAGUGGUGAGCCCAUGAAGGAAAUUAAAAACGAGGUGGACGUGGAGGCAGUGGUCAACGAGUCACUUGCUGAUACAGAAGAUUAUCGGUCGGUGGAGGAAAGUGAAGAGGCAGACUUGCCCGAUGUGCCCCAGCACGGGGAACAAAUGAGAGUUGGUGAAGUGGCGGACGAUGACAAAAGUAGGCCCUCAGGUACAUACGAAACGACAACAAGACAUGCACCAGUUCGCGUACGGAUUGAGGGCAGGGCCUCAGACACUAUAAAGCUGCCACAACACCGCACGAUUCGCGCCACAAAAGAGUCACAAGGCGUUGCGAUAACCCCCGUGCCCCAUCAGGUGGAACAAGAAGUGAAUGCCCCGCAACCCAGGGGAAUGGAGACCCAGAGGCACGGUCCCACAGCACCCCCGGCAUAUCGGCCGCGGCGUUGGGACAAAGUAGAUAUACUUCUAAGUGUAGUUGUCAAUGCCCACUUCACUCAGCAUCCGGAUACCAACAUUCGCUUCCGCAGACUCUCAGGGAACACCGGUGAGUAUAUGGUCUUCCACAAGGUCACAGGCGGAAAAAAACUUUUACACGCACGUACAGAGCUUGGGAAGGUUGUGGUUGGUGAGCAGAGGAAAAAAGGUAAUAUAGAAGAUCUCGUGUGGACGGAUCUUUCGCACUGGUUGGAGCGGCAUGAGCGUGACUUCUCUAACUGA